GAACUCAGUAAAUUAAGACAGGUGUGUGUUGCGUGACCGUAUCAGACGAAACAGUAUUUAAUUUUUAAUGAAAGUGAAACUUCUAGCGAUAAUCGCAGCGUUUUGUAAAAUUCUUAUUGCUCAAGUGAAUCGUAAUUCAAAGUUUGACUUUAAAUUCCCGAAAAUUUUAUUGAGAAAUGAACUGUGCAGCAGUGUACAGCAGCAGUGUAUUCGAUUUCAAAAACAUCGUUCAUGACUUGGAAUUGUUGAAUCGUAAAACUUAAGGAAUAAAUGAAAAGAACUCACACCGGACGGACCGCCUCUAAUUCAAAAUAUAUCGAAUCGUACGACAUUUUGACACACCGUUUUUGACAGUUACUUACGAUGGAAACGUUGCAUUGUCCCAUUGUCAGCAUUGAAACUAAAACAAUGGAAGCACAACUGGUGUCAGAAUUUCUAUCACGUGCACCUGGCGCUAAUCCGAAUGAUGCACUGAGUUGCUUAAACUCAUGGGGCUGGGAUCUAAAAAAGGCACUCAUCGACUACAAUGAUACAUCAACAACCGAUUAUUUUAAUGGCAAGUCAGGUCUCAAAGUAUCAAUGGACACAGUAGAUUAUCAGAGUUCACAACAGAGAAAACCGUUAACGAAAAUCUAUUCCAUCGACGUAGUGGACUACAAAAAACUCAACAGGGGAAUCUCACGAGCAACGGAAAACGAAAAUUUAGUGUCGCGAGCACGUUCUGCCAUCGAAAUGGACUUUCAUGCAAAUUGUAUGAAACAAUUGGAAAAUUUUGAUGUGGCCGACACGCCCGAUUUCACAUUCACCCUGCCAGACAUAUCAAUUUAUUCGGAUGAUUUUCGUAGAUUCCUGGAAAAAGACUUGAUCGAAUGCUCCACACUCAACAGUUUAGAGACAGCACAGCGCUUAAAUUGGUGGGCUGAUUCUGGUUUCUGUCGAAGACUUUGGCCGCUAGCUACGUCUGGUGAUGGAAAUUGUUUACUGCAUGCUGCAUCAUUAGCCAUGUGGGGAUUUCACGAUCGAAAGCUAACACUUCGAUCGGCUCUGUACAAAGUAUUAUCGAAAGGUGAAUACAGGGAUGCGAUAUGGAGACGAUGGCGAUUUCAUCAGACGCGACUGAACAAACAAGCCGGUUUUGUGUAUUCCGAAAUUGAGUGGGCCAAAGAAUGGGACGAAAUUGUGGCAAUGGCAUCACCGGAACCGAGACAGUCACUUGAAAAGGGAGCGUCAAGACGAAGAUCGGUGGCAAUUGAUCGUAAUACGGAUUCGAUUGAUGACAAUGCCACGUACGAGAGCUUAGAAGAGAUUCACAUUUUCGCUCUGUCCCACGUGCUGAGACGGGCGAUAAUUGUUGUAGCGGACACAGUUUUACGUGAUAUGAACGGUGAAGCAAUGGCACCGAUCCCGUUCGGCGGAAUUUAUUUGCCGUUUGAAAUACCAGCAAAUGAAUGUCAUCGAGCGCCACUACUUCUCACGUACGAUAUGGCCCAUUUUUCCGCUUUAGUAUCGAUGGAAUCAAGUGAUCCGACACAGUCGCUCAUACCGUUAGUCGAUUACGAAAAUGUUUUCCUUCCAAUUCAAUUUUGCAUCGAUCCGGGCGACAAUUUCGAUUGGAAAAAUUACGAUGGCAACGAAGGCAAUUGGGCACUGUCGGACCGGGAACAUAUUGCUUUGCUGAAAGAAUAUUUGGACAUUGUGUGGCCAAGUCCGUUGGGAAGUCCCGACGAUGAGAUCUUUGAAGACUUAACGGACGACGAAUACGAACGACGAAUUGGCGAGGGUGAAUUUGGCUUAUCCGACGAACAACAUCCGAAUGGAACGAACGGAAAGAGUAAGGCGGCAAAGCAGCUUCAAAGUGUAGCCAAACAGUUCGGAAGCAUCGGUAAGAGUAUGAGCAAGAAGAUCAAGAAGAACAUCGGAUCGAUUACGAAAAUCGGUGGCGGGUCAAAGAGCAGCAGCAAAAAGGGAACACUCUCAUCGGCCAUGUCAACGCAAAGUUUUACCAGACAGAGGAUAUUGUGUGCCCAGUUGAAAGCGAAGCGUCACGAUUACCAAGAAGAAAUGAUAAAAAACUAUUUGGAGUGCGCCCAAGAACGAUACCUGGAUAGCGAACGAGCAAAGGACGUUCGGGACGUGGACCGCUUGAGUUUAGUGAAACCAAAGGAAACCGUUGCCAUUGUCGACAGCUACAAAACCGGCUGCAUCAACUCCGGCUGUCAGAACUUUGGUACAGCCGCCACAUCGUACAUGUGCCCAGAAUGCUUUGAAAAGCAGAAACAACAAGAACUGGACAGCAUAAUGACAGAAGCGCCUAGAUAUGGAACCGGCAAUUCCAAAUUCUAUGCACAAUCCGAUUCACAGAGUCAUCAGUUAAUCAAUCGAUUACCAUCCGUCCGCCGGUUAAAUGAACUUGAUCAAACGCUUUACCUAUCGAAUUCGACAUUUUACAAUGACAAAAUCAGUCUUCCGGUUAACGAGUCAAACGGUUCAUCGCUACGACACGGUUACAAUCCAAUUAAUUUAGGCACCGUCGCUGUAACAUCCCCAAUGGACUAUGAUUUGUCCACAGAUGGCAUUGAUCUGUUAAGAAAGAAUUCGAUCAAAAAUUCACAGACCGGUUCUGCGCCACCAAAAACAAUCAUUCACACAAUAACACGUCAAACGGUCAACCUUCCACCGACUCCGUUGACUCAGACUAAUUCAUCGGCAAGAAACUCCCUACCAUCGCCGGCAGCAUCGUUCGGGAACAGUAGUGCUGACGAUGUGACAAGUCGACUGGCAACGCCAUUCACUCAAGUCCAAGCGAAAAAAUGCCAAACGUUGGGCUGUCUAUUUUACGGUAGUGCAAACACCAAUUAUUAUUGCUCCAAAUGUUGUCAGCUUAAUGCAGCUGCUGCGGCUACGGUUCCAUCUAACACGGCAACACAGAGCAAAAUAUUAACAACGGAUGUUUGAGUUGCUGUUGGUGGGCGAAUCGUUUUUGGCAGCUAAAUUACGGUUUUGUAAUAUUGAAUUGUAGCGACAAUAACUGCUAGUCGACAUGUUUGUAUGCCAUGGAUAGAACGAAAACAAACUUUUUUCUUGUAUUUUAUCUGAAGUUGGGUUGAUAUGGAUUGAUUAGGUUGGGUUGCGGCCUGUAAAUUACUACUUAAAUAGUGGCACUAAAGGACGAAAUCUUAACGUAAAACGGAUUCCGUUGAACAGAAGCUUAAGAGUCAACGCUUUUUAAUUGAAAAUUCCGUUGCAUUUCACAUGUGUGUUCAGUCCAGUUCAGGAACUGGCUAUCCAAAAGCCCUUCAGGUGUUGAAUUUGUAAAAGGUCCUACAAAAAAUCAAAAAACGUUUCGCACAUCGCCCGAAUAACCAUAGUGCCUCGGGCCUGCCAACAUUUAUGCGAAAUGUUGCGAAUUAUUUGUUUCUAAGGAACACUGGCUGUCGGUCUGGUCAAGAAACAAAUUGAAUUUUCUGCUAAGAAUAUUUACGAGGAAGUUCAGUUACCACUCCUAACAUAUUUCAUUUGGACACUCGGUUUGCCUAUACUUUCAUUGAAUUUCGUAAUUCAGUAAUUUACAAACAAAAAUUGUCUUCAUUGGCAAUGUCGGUUCAUUCAUGAAAGCUCUCUAGCUAUUUUAGUUUUUGCAUAGUCAUUGAACCACAAAAAAAAAAGAAGAACGACAACCCACCCAAUUUCAGUCACAAACACCUCAAUUUCGGAUCGAGUGUGCAAGCAGAAAAGUUGUUUCUUUCAGGAUUUGUAGGCGGUUAUUCUCGGUUCAAAACUAAAACUUAAUUUCGAAGAAGUGAAAUUUUUAAUUUUUUUUUUGUAUCUCAACUUGUUUCCCUCACCGUGCUUUCGUAAAAUAUCACCAACAGUGGUAGCUUUAAAAGCCUAAAGUAUUAACGAAAUUUGAAAGUUUAAUUAGACAUAGAACGAUUGUUAUGCAACAAUGGAAAUUUUAUUAACAAAAACAUAUUUUAUUGCACAUGAAAGAAACUCCACACUAGGAAUAUAAUAAAUAAUCUAAAAUGUAAAUAACAAAAAGGAAGAAGAAGAAGAAGAAAAAUCAUAAAAUCGAAUUAAAAUAAUUGCAAA